AUGGCUUCUGCUGCACUUUCUUCCAUUUCGGGAGCCACGCUCGCUGCUGCCGCUCCCGCAGCGCUGGCCGGGCUCGCCUACUUGAACGCACGAUGGCGCGUCUCGCUCGACCUGCACAUGGCUCGCUCCAUGCUCGGCGCAAUCCUCGCGUGGAAGCGACUCGAGCGAACCAAGCAAAUCAACUCCUUCUACCGCCUGGAGGAGUACGCUCACUCCGCCGCCAUCAAGGAUGAGCCGUUCCUAGUGUACCAAGGCCAGUCAUGGAGUUUCCACGAGUCGUAUCGCAUUAUCCUCAGGUACGCAAGGUACCUGCACGUGCGGCACGCAAUCCAACCCGGCGAUAUCGUCGCGCUGGAUUUCAUGAACAGCCCUCAGUUCAUGUUUGUCGUUCUGGCCGUUUGGUCUCUGGGGGCUGUGCCGGCGACUGUUAACUACAACCUUGUGAAUGAGGCUUUUGUUCAUAGUGUGAGAACCUGCCGUGCACGGCUGUUGGUGGUGGAGCCUGAGGUCGAGGCGCGAGUCCUGACCGACGAGACGCGGUCGGUCAUUCAAGCAGCUGGGUUUCGAGGGCAUGAUGCCCUGCCCCUGGAAAUCGUUGUGCUCACCGAGGAGCUGCAAUCGUCGCUUGAGGUGGAGAACGAGAAUGAACCACCCUUCCGCGCUCCUGACACAGCGCGUUCAAACGCUACUGCUCGCACGCCGGCGAUACUCAUCUUCACGUCAGGCACGACCGGUCUCCCAAAGGCAGCCAUCGUCCCCUGGCAGCGUAUGGUCCUGGGCUCAGGCAUAAUGCACCGCUGGAUGGGCGUCAAGCCAGUCACCUCUAAAUCACCCGACCGCCUCUAUGUGUGCAUGCCGCUGUACCACGGCACCGCCUUCCUCCUCGGUUUCAGUCUCUGCCUCGAAGCAACAGCGACACUCGUCAUAGGCAGAAAAUUCUCCGCCUCCAAGUUCUGGGACGACGUGGCCGCCUCAGAUGCCACUGUGGUCUCGUAUGUCGGUGAAACCUUGCGGUACCUGCUCGCGGCGCCGCCUCGGCCGAACGAUAGCACAAAGCACCGUGUGCGCCUGGCGGUAGGUAAUGGCCUGCGCCCUGAUGUCUGGGACCACUUCAAGGAGCGCUUCGGCAUCGAGACGAUUGCCGAGUUCUAUGGCGCCACGGAAUCGGUAUCUGCGAGUUGGAAUCUGAAUCGAAAUUCUUUCUCCUCCGGAGCGAUCGGCCAGGUCGGAUUGCUCUUCGAUCUGUAUUACUCUAAGACGCAGGCGAUCGUCGAAAUCGACUGGGAGGUCGAAGCGCCGCGAAGGGAUCCCGAGACGCGAUUUUGUACUCAAGUCCCUAGGGGCGAGCCCGGCGAGUUGCUGUAUGCCCUCGACGCCGCUGAUGUAGCAUCCACGUAUCAAGGAUAUUUCGGCAAUCAGAAAGCGAGCGACUCGAAGGUCUGGAGGAAUGUCUUCAAAAAGGGGGACGCCUGGUUCCGAUCAGGGGAUGUCGUGCGCUUUGACAAGGAAGGCAGAAUGUGGUUCUCUGAUAGAAUCGGCGAUACUUUCCGCUGGCGCAGCGAGAACGUCUCCACGAAUGAAGUCGCCGAGGUGUUAGGUCGGCAUCCUGCCGUGAUCGAAGCGAAUGUUUAUGGUGUCGAGAUCCCGAAUCACGACGGUAGAGCUGGAUGUGCAGCGACUUUACUCCAUGGUAUAACUACAGCUAAUGAUGGGCUUGUGCUUGACCAGAGCUUGUUGAAAGACUUAGCAGACCACGCUAGGAAGGAGCUGCCGAAAUAUGCGGUGCCUGUGUUUUUGAGGCUGGUCACAGAGCUCAAGGCAACGGGGAAUAAUAAACAACAGAAGCAUAUCAUGAGGGCCGAGGGAGUGGAUCCUGCUAGAGUCAGUGCUGGGGAUAGAAUCUUCUAUCUGAGACCGGAAAAUGAUAGAUUCGAAGUGUUCGGGGUCAAGGAAUGGGAGGAGCUACAGGCUGGAAGGGUAAAGUUGUAG